AUGGGCGCGCUCCGGGCCGGUGCCCUCGCCUUCCUCCUCCUCCUCCUCCUCGGCUGCCUCCUGCCCCGGCGCGGCCCGCUCAGGCUGGUCUCAGGGCGGGAGGAGAUUAAAGCUGCUUCCCGAAGCUCACCCCAGCCCAUGUCACCUUCUGAUUUCCUGGACAAGCUCAUGGGACGAACCUCGGGCUAUGAUGCCCGAAUUCGACCCAACUUCAAAGGUCCACCCGUCAACGUGACCUGCAACAUCUUCAUCAACAGCUUCGGCUCCGUCACCGAGACCACCAUGGACUACCGUGUGAACGUGUUCCUGCGGCAGCAGUGGAACGACCCCCGCCUGGCGUACCGGGAGUACCCCGACGACUCCCUCGACCUCGACCCCUCCAUGCUCGACUCCAUCUGGAAGCCAGACUUGUUCUUUGCCAACGAGAAAGGGGCCAAUUUCCACGAGGUCACCACUGACAACAAGCUCCUGCGCAUCUUCAAGAAUGGCAACGUGCUCUACAGCAUUAGGCUGACACUGAUCCUGUCCUGCCCCAUGGACCUCAAGAACUUCCCCAUGGACAUCCAGACAUGCACCAUGCAGCUGGAGAGUUUUGGCUACACUAUGAACGACCUCAUCUUCGAGUGGCUGGAGGAGCAGGAGGCCGUGCAGGUGGCCGAGGGCUUGACACUCCCACAGUUCAUCCUCAGGGAUGAGAAGGACCUGGGCUAUUGCACCAAGUACUACAACACAGGCAAGUUCACCUGCAUCGAGGUGAAGUUCCACCUGGAGAGGCAGAUGGGUUACUACCUGAUCCAGAUGUACAUCCCCAGCCUCCUCAUCGUCAUCCUCUCCUGGGUCUCCUUCUGGAUCAACAUGGAUGCGGCACCCGCCCGGGUGGGCCUGGGCAUCACCACGGUGCUCACCAUGACCACGCAGAGCGCCGGCUCCCGCGCCUCCCUGCCCAAGGUGUCCUACGUGAAGGCCAUUGACAUCUGGAUGGCCGUGUGCCUGCUCUUUGUCUUUGCUGCCCUGCUGGAGUACGCAGCCGUCAACUUYGUCUCCCGCCAGCACAAGGAGCUCAUGCGCCUGCGCCGCCGCCAGCGACGGCAGAGGAUGGGCCUGAGCAGCGGCACGGCCAGCCUGGAGUCCCUGCGGCAGCUGAGCAGCCGGCACAGCAGCGAGCACACCUACGCGACGCUCUCGCAGCUCUCCAGCUCCCGGGAGGAAGAGCUCAGCCGCGACAGCCGCUUCUACCUGCGAGGCUACGGGCUGGGCCAGUGCCUGCAGCCCAAGGACGGGGCUGGCGAGGGUCCCGGCGUGUACAGCCCCCCGGCMGCCAGCGCGGUGCUGCGGGAAGGGGAGAGCCUCCGCCGGCGCUACCUCGACCGCGCCAAGCGCAUCGACACCAUCUCCAGAGCCGUCUUCCCCUUCACCUUCCUGGUCUUCAACGUCUUCUACUGGGUYGUUUACAAAGUGCUGCGCUCAGAGGACAUCCACUUGGUGCCCUAGGCUGGAAAAGGACAGCUGCCGCUCGGUGUGACCCUCCCAGUGUGCCCGGGUGCCACAAGCUCAGCCAGAACUGCAUUUCCCUCUGUCCCGGAGCGCUGGCACAGCUGGGAUGGGGCUCAGAGCCCGGACAUGUGGCAGCCGCCGUGCCCCACUGGAUCUCAGGGCACAGAGUGGGGGGAUCAACAACCACGGGUCCCCAUGGUCAGCUGGAGAGAGGGACCCCUCCUGCCUCCUGCAUGGYGUCACCCCCAGGUACCCCGGGAUGCUGCGCUGGUGGGGCACAGGGAAACAAACAACUGCUGCCCAGGAAUGCUGUGCUGCUGGGGGAAGUCUCGGGUAUCCAGGGGCACAGGACAGCUCCAGGGACUUUGGCACAGCCGGUGGCCAGAGAACAUCACCUGCCAGAAAAAUAUCCUCCACCUCUCCACACCUGCCAUGUGAGGCUGCUGCUUCUCCAGCAGCACUGAGCUGUGGGCCCCGAGCAGCCGGGGCAGAGGCUGCAGCCCUCUCUCCUCUGGCCCGGAGCCUGGCUGCAGGAAAGAGCAGGCAGCAGCCCUGCCGGCAGCUGGGCUGUACGGGGUGCUGCCUAUGGCCCCAUAGCCCCCUGCCCAGCCCUGGACAGGGCCCCUCCAGCCUCCAGCCAGCUCCCAGGCACAGCAGAGCAGCAGGGYGGGGAGGCUUCCCUCCCUGCCGAGCUCGGAACUGCCCGUGGUGCCCACAGCUGCGGGCAGAACUGGGGCAGGGACACUGGGCAGGAGGCUCUGUUUGCUCCAAGGAAACGCCAGCCCCCAGGCAGGCAGCAGGCAAGCUCAGGCCCACUGGAGGGGCACAGAUGGCCACUGCARUUGCAGAUGGGAGUCACUUGGCACUGGGGAGAUGGCACCGCAUUGUCCGCAGGGCAGGGCCCGCAGCCCAUCGUCCAAGGGAGAUGUUUCAGGAUGAAAGCAGCGGGGAAAGCUUGGCCAAUCCUUUUGGAGGAGCAGAGUGAGUGGUGGCAUCCCCAUUCUGCUGCAUUCCUGCAGCACCACGGUGCCAGGAGAGAGAUGGAGGUGGAAACUGCCCCAUUCCCCAGCCCAGCACCCGGGUGCAGCAUCCCUGGGCAGGUUCAUCCCUAAUACUCCUCCACUGGAGAGGAGAGCAGCUGGAACCUCACCAGUGCAAGCUCAGCAAGGCUCCCUGCCCUCCAGACCUGGAUACCCUCCAUGCUUUGCGGGAAAUAAAAGCAGCAGGUGAUGUUUGAGUCCUACAGAGAGGAGUGUGUUGAUGCUCUCCUUUCCCUCAUCCCACAGUCACCCUGGAGGAGG